CAUAACUACCCCAGAGAACACAGCUCCCGGCAUGCCGCGCGCGCUGUUUCUCCCGCCGGGAGCAGGGCAUGCUGGGACUUGUAGUCGCUGGCGUGUCCAGCGCGGCUGAAGGUGUCCCGUGACCGGCGGCCGGAAGUGGAGGCCCCGGAGGUUCUGGACUCUGGGGCGCUAAGGGCUUCUGAGCCGUACGGCGGCCGCGAGGGGCCAGCCGGGGCGCGCGGUGCCGGAGCGAGCGGGUGACAAAUUCAUGUCUUGCAAGACAGUGAUGGCUUUUUCUCUAGAAUUUGAAUAUGGAGGCCACAGGGACAGAUGAAGUGGAAAAGCUAAAAUCAAAGUUCAUGUCUGCAUGGCACAAUAUGAAAUACAGUUGGGUAUUGAAAACAAAAACUUACUUUAGCAGAAAUUCUGCUGUCUUCUUGCUGGGAAAAUGUUACCAUUUCAAGUCUGAUGAACACAGUGAACUCUCUCCAGAUGGAUCCUGCUUGGAUAUAGUUGACAAAGUCAUUUCUGGAAAUGUAGAAGAGUUUCGUAAAGAUUUUAUUUCUAGAAUAUGGUUGACUUACAGAGAGGACUUUCCUCAGAUAAAAGAAUCUGCUUUGACAACAGACUGUGGUUGGGGUUGUACACUGAGAACUGGCCAGAUGCUGCUGGCUCAAGGGCUUGUGCUUCAUUUUCUUGGUAGAGCCUGGACCUGGCCGGGUGCGCUGAACAUUGAAAAUUCAGAUUCUGAAUCAUGGACUAGCCACACAGUAAAAAAGCUGACUGCAUCAUUUGAAUCAUCACUUACGGGGGAGAGAGAACCCAGGGUCCUGUCAAAUGAUCAUAAAGAAGCUCUAAAGAGAGACUGUGAUGACAGUGAAAUGAGAGAUGAAGUUUAUCAUAGAAAAAUAAUCUCUUGGUUUGGAGAUUCUCAACCUGCAUCUUUUGGCUUGCAUCAGCUAAUAGAAUAUGGAAAGAAGUCUGGCAAAACAGCUGGAGACUGGUAUGGGCCUGCUAUAGUAGCACACAUUUUAAGAAAAGCUGUUGAAGAAGCAAGAGACCCUGAGUUACAAGGGAUAACUAUCUAUGUUGCUCAGGACUGUACAGUUUACAGUUUGGAUGUUGUCGAUAGACAGUGCUCUUCUAUGGGCUCUAAAAAAGCAGAUAUGAAAGCUGUAAUUAUAUUAGUUCCUGUAAGACUUGGUGGAGAGAGAACCAACAUGGACUACUUGGAGUUUGUAAAGGGAAUUUUGAGUCUUGAGUACUGUGUUGGUAUUAUUGGUGGGAAACCUAAGCAGUCAUAUUACUUUGCUGGAUUUCAAGAUGACAGUUUGAUUUACAUGGAUCCUCAUUACUGCCAAUCUUUUGUGGAUGUCAGCAUAAAGGAUUUCCCUCUUGAGUCAUUUCACUGUCCUUCCCCAAAAAAGAUGUCAUUCAAAAACAUGGAUCCCAGCUGUACAAUAGGAUUUUAUUGUAGAAACAUGCAAGACUUUGAAAGAAUUUCUGAAGAAAUAACUAAGAUGCUGAAAUCUUCAUCUAAGGAGAAAUAUCCCUUGUUUACUUUUGUAAAGGGUCAUUCUAGAGACUAUGACUUUGCCUCCAGUCCACUCCAUGAAGAAAAUGACCUUUACUCCGAGGAUGAAAAGAAAAGAUUAAAAAGAUUUAGUACAGAAGAGUUUGUUUUGCUUUAAGGACAUUUUACAAUAGGGUAUUGGCAGCUGUCCAGGAGAACACUUGCCCUUUAAAAAAAAAAAUCACACAACACAAGACAAGCAAUAUUGAAAUUGAUCUAUUUUCAUAAAGGUUAUCAUGUCGUAUAUGUUCGAUCUUUAAAAUGUCACUUAUAAAUGUAAUUAAUUAUUUUUGUUUGUUCAUUGAUAGUUGGAUGAAUAUGAUGACACUUUUUGCUAGUGAAGACAGACAGCAUUAUUUAGAGCCAGACACAAUGUAGUGUGGUUGGGUACCAUGCAUGCCCUCCUGGAUAGCUCUGCCAAUGAGCCUCAGUCUUGACCUGCAGUCCCCACUGCUGUUCCAGUCCUGAACAGUCUGCUCAUUAUGUGGUGGUUUUGUGGUGUGGACACAUGUCAUCUAGUUUUGAGACUACUGGAUUGUUUCCAGUUGUAAGCAAAACCUGAAUCUAGGGCUCCUGAAGAAAAAGCCUUGUUCAUUUAAUCUAUUUUGUUGCCUACGCCCCUAUAAUGGUUAAUAAUGUAACCGUGGGAUACCUUUCUAGCAUUGCACUACUCAAGAUGUAACUUUUGAUAUAUCAAUAGUAAUUGUUAGCUACAAUCCAGAUGCAAUUAUAUAAGCAGAAUUGUGAGUUAAGAUACUAUUUAGCAGUAUGAUUUUAUAAUGGCUACUCAUUAAACUUCUUGUUGAACCUUAAAUUCAUGAAUAUAAAGUAUUGGCUUUUCCCUACCUUUUUUAAAGGUUAUGUUGUUAAUAUUAACUGCAACCAAUCAAAGCAGAUAGACAGUUAUUAAAUGGGAGCAGCGUUUGUUUCCUGUCUCGACAAUAUAAUUUUGAAACUUCUAUUCUUACCCAUGCAGCUUCUAAAUCGGAGCAUAAAACAGCAAAUUGGGGUAAACAGUAAAUAUUCUGGGAUAUGAUCUUCCGAUAUGUACCAUUACUGUACACUGUUUGUGGUGAUUUUAGAUGUACAGAACAUCUAGCAAAUAAAUCUACAUGAACAGUUUCAUGCUUUAACAGAGUAAAUUCAGAAUUUAAAAUACACAUUUAACACUGCCUACAAAUUUAAAAAUAACUUUAUUAAAGGUGUGAGAUUAAAUGCAUGUACUUUUGAACAGUAAUAGUAAAUUUCUCUUGUUCGAAUUCUUUGAAUUCUGGAUCUAAAAAAAUAUUGAGGUGCAAACACUCUGUAAUAAGGCAAAUUUUAUUGUAUUGUAAAUGAGCUAUUAACUUAUUCUAAAGUGCCAUUUAGGCACAGAAUGCACAAAUGUUGUCUAUCCAAAUAAUAAAUAUUCUAUGUAUCAC